UCGUUUCUUGGUGUAAUGCGUUCGCCAAAAUUAUUCAGAGAGGAAAGGAAGUAGAGAGCAAAGCGCUCGCGAGAGAAAGAAUUUUGCUAGCACGCGUGUGUGAGAGCAAUUUGAUCGAUUUGAUAAGAUUUUCCUUCGAGAGAGAUUACGGGAGGCGAAUUGAUACCAUGCAGAGCGUAGCGUUGAUUCUGUUUGUCGAGAUACAGCCCAACCGCGGGUGUUGAUAUUAACGAUAUCACGCACAACGUAACAUCCACCUCCUUUCAGGAACGUCACCAGACGACGAGAUGAUGGACAUGAUUGGCGGCACCGCGAUUAACGAAUCGCCAAAUCCGAUCCCGUCCGACGGCAACGACGAGGCAGCGAUGGCUGUCAUCAUGAGCCUGCUAGAGGCGGAUGCGGGUCUGGGCGGUCCCGUGGACUUUUCCGGAUUACCGUGGCCGUUGCCAUAAUGCACAUACGCACUUUAGUCUGCGAUUUUAGAAUACGGAGAUGUCUCCUGGUCAAACGAAACGCGCUCUGGUGCUGAAAUGGUGCUUUUAAGGUAUAGAACACGGUUAAGUUCAGCGAACUUCUAAACGGAACUUCUGAAUCGCAAUCAAUUAAUCAUCGUUCUUUAAGAUCGAUAUCCGUGAAUUUGUAAACCUAUAUAUAUGUAUAUAUAUGUUUAUGCUAUAUCCCUUUUCCUCUAUCUCUUGUCGUUGAUUUCUCAAAAAGACAUGUUCACGCGGCGAAAUAAUUUGCGUUCAGCAGCGAGAGACGAGUGUGAACGUUGACGACACGCCCUCAAAGAUUACAGUGGUGUGACAAUAGUGCGGACAAUAACGUGCGAAUAACCACGUUCUAGUGAACAAAUUGACGUUACACGUGUAAAUACAUAGGCGCGCGUGCAUGCCGCUUAAGUGUACCUAAUUAAAACGUAGGAAUAUCUGUAUGCGAGAACUUUUAGAAAAUAAAUCUAAAAUCUUUCAACUCGGUGAACAUACGGGAUAAAUGGAGUUUACUCGUUAUGUGUGCAAAUAUGGACUUCCGAACGCACUAUCUAAAAAUGAUACAUCUUUAACUGAAUUAUACGAUCCGAUGCUUGCAAUCUAGCAAUCCCAUCUAUCUCAUUUAUAACGUACGACUCGAAAAUAUCGCAGUAAUAUUUCUAGAGACCCGAGUGGAAUGUGGUAAGGUAAGAAAAUACUGUAAAUAACAUGACAUACUGCUGUAAUUUAUUGUCCGAUAUUUAAAAAAAUAACAAAUAUUCACAAGACAUCUUGGUGUCUAACUACAUUCGGUAUAAAUAAAUGGUGGUGAAUCUCUUGUGUAUGAAUUCGA